GUUUUUUUUUUAGGACAGUUAAUUUGAUAGUAAUAUGGCUGGCAAUUUUUGGCAAAGUUCACAUCAUCAACAAUGGCUUCUAGAUAAACAGGACUUAGUACGCGAACGACAACAUGAUCUUUCAAUUUUCACAGAAGAAGAAUAUCAAAAAUUAUUCAUCUUUUUCUCCAAUCUAAUACAAGUAUUGGGUGAACAGUUGAAACUCAGACAACAAGUUAUAGCUACAGCAACUGUUUAUUUUAAAAGAUUUUAUGCUCGUAAUAGUUUAAAAUGUAUAGACCCUUUAUUAUUAGCACCUACAUCAGUUUUCCUAGCUUCAAAAGUAGAAGAAUUUGGAGUUAUUUCUCAUAAUAGAUUAAUUGGAGCUUGUCAAACUGUAGUAAAAAAUAAAUUUAAUUACGCCUAUUCACAAGAAUUUCCUUAUCGUGGAAGCCAUAUCUCAGAAUGUGAAUUUUAUCUUUUGGAGCACCUAGAUUGUUGUUUAAUAGUAUAUCAACCAUAUCGGCCUUUAUUAAUUCUUAUUCAAGAUGCAGGUCCAGAUGAACAAUUACUUACACUAGCUUGGCGUAUAAUUAAUGAUAGUUUACGUACAGACGUGUGUUUAUUAUAUCCACCACAUCAAAUAGCCAUUGGCUGUUUACAAAUAGCUUGUGUUAUAUUACAAAAAGAUUUAAAGGCAUGGUUUGCUGAAUUAAAUGCUGAUAUGGAAAAAAUUCAAGAAGUUGCACGUUACAUUAUUAAUUUAUAUGAAUUAUGGAAAACAUAUGAUGAAAAGAAAGAAAUCCAAGGAUUGUUAUCUAAAAUGCCAAAACCUACACCAUCACCACCACAGCACUGA